CCGGUGUUCUCACGAACGCAUCAACUCCGAGAGGAAUCGCUUUAAACACCGAGGCGCUCAACGAGGAAGUGGUUUUCCUGAAUGCAUCGGCUCUGAGAAGGCGUGGUGAACGAGUCACCCUGAACGCAGCAGAGCUCCACCUUCGAAGAAGAAAAGUGCGUGAAAGUUUCCAGUUGGUCCAAGUUCGUGAUGUCCGGUGUCGCAUCCACCCUGGCCAAGAAGCGGGCCCUCGCCGCGGGGUUCGGAACCAACGCCAAAGCGGUCCGCUACCUGAACCAGGACUACACGACGCUGCGGAAUCAGUGCCUCCAGCAGGGGCGUCUCUUCUGUGACCCCACAUUCCCCGCCGAGCCCGAAUCUCUGGGCUUCAAAGAACUGGGCCGGAACUCGUACAAGAUCCGCGGGGUGACAUGGAAGCGGCCGACGGAGUUGGUUCGAGCUCCCGAGUUUAUCAUGGGUGGAGCCACCAGGACUGACAUCUGCCAGGGAGCUCUAGGUGACUGCUGGCUGUUGGCCGCCAUCGCCUCGCUGACCCUCAAUGAGUACGUGAUGGCCAGAGUGGUCCCCCCUGACCAGGACUUCGGAGACCAUUACGCCGGCAUCUUCCACUUCCAGUUCUGGCAGUACGGCGAGUGGGUGGACGUGGUGAUUGACGACCGUCUGCCGGUCAAAGACAACGAGCUGCUCUUCGUCCACUCGGCGGAGGGCAGGGAGUUCUGGAGCGCCCUCCUGGAGAAGGCCUAUGCCAAGGUGAACGGAUGCUACGAGGCGCUCUCGGGUGGCUCCACCACCGAGGGGUUCGAGGACUUCACCGGGGGCAUCGCGGAGAGCUACGACCUGAGCCGUCCUCCGGCCAACCUCUUCCAGAUCCUGGUGAUGGCUCUGGAGUCCGGGGCCCUGGUGGGCUGCUCCAUCGACAUCACCAGUGCUGCAGACUCUGAAGCGGUCACUCGUCAGAAGCUGGUCAAAGGCCACGCCUACUCGCUCACCGGGGCGGUCGAGGUCAACUAUCGUGGUCGCAAGGAGAAGCUGGUGAGAGUGAGGAACCCUUGGGGUCAGGUGGAGUGGACUGGCGCCUGGAGUGACGGGUCGUCGGAGUGGAACAGUGUGCAGGGAGACUGUCCUCACGCCAACGCAGAGGACGGAGAGUUCUGGAUGUCCUACCAAGACUUUGUGCGUCACUAUUCCCGUAUCGAGUUGGUUACGUUGACUCCUGACGCCAUUGAGGACGACUCGGUCAAACACUGGAGCUUCAGCAAGUUCGAUGGGACCUGGAGGAGGGGGUCCACAGCAGGGGGCUGUCGGAACCACCCCUACACAUUCUGGAUGAACCCUCAGUACAUCAUCAAGUUGGAGGAGGAGGACGACGACCCGGACGACGGAGAGGUCGGCUGCAGCUUCGUGGUCGGACUGAUCCAGAAGAACCGCCGCAAGCUACGCAAAAAGGGGGAGGACAUGCACACGGUCGGCUUCGCCAUCUAUGAGCUCCCAAGACAGUUCCAUGGCCAGCGGGAGGUCCAUUUGGACAAGAACUUCUUCCUGACACACGCCCAAACAGCUCGGUCUGAAACCUUCAUCAACCUGCGGGAGGUGAGCACCCGGUUCAAGCUCCCGCCGGGCGAGUACCUGAUCGUGCCGUCCACCUUCGAGCCGCACCAGAACGGAGACUUCUGCAUCCGGGUGUUCUCCGAGAAGCAGAGCGAGACCGCACCAUGUGACGACCCUAUCGACGCCCAGCUGGAGGACGAAACGGUCUCUGAAGAAGAUGUGGACGCAGGAUUCCGAGGACUUUUCACCAAACUUGCCGGAGACGAUCAAGAGAUUUCAGCACAAGAACUGAAGACGAUAUUGAACAAGAUCGUCUCCAAACGAACUGACAUCAAGACUGACGGCUUCAGCAUGGACACUUGCAAAACCAUGGUCAACCUGAUGGACGACAGUGGGAAUGGGAAGCUGGGUCUAGGAGAGUUUGCCACUUUGUGGAAGAAAGUGCAGCGGUACCUGACCAUCUAUAAGAAGAGCGAUGUGGACAACUCCGGGACGAUGAGCACGCCGGAGCUGAGAGUCGCUUUUAAAGAUGCCGGCUUCUCCCUCAAUAACUCCACCUAUCAGCUACUGGCGGCGCGUUACUCCGACCCGGAAAUGACCGUCGACUUUGACAACUUCGUGGGAUGUUUGAUGAGACUGGAGAUGAUGUUCAGGAUCUUCAAGAAACUGGACGUUGACAACACCGGGUCCAUCGAGCUGGACUGUCAGCAGUGGCUGAACUUCACCAUGAUAUAAAGAAGCACCAGGACCAGCAGAUCCAACUGAGGCCUUUUUCCAGAUCCUAGACUUUCUUUGAUCGGGUCACCAAACUUAGCAAUAAAAAUAUUAUUGUUACCCAAAUGAUAGUCUGGCGACUCCUGCUGUCCGCACAACCAACGCUCAGCCAUGGUAAUG